AUGGAAGCAAUUAAGAAUUUAAGGCAAACUGGAGGUGUAAAGGAGUAUCAAGCUGAGUUUGAUAGACUUUUGACUGAGGUCAAUAUAUCAAAUCAGAAUGCUAUUAGUUGUUUAUUGGGGGGUUUGAAACCAGAGUUGAAUAAAUCUGUUAAGAUUCAGUCGCCAAGGACCUUGAUGCAAGCCUGCAGGAUUGCUAGAUUACAGGAGGGUGUUUUCGAAGCACAAGCUCAGUUUUGGGGAGUUAAACCUUCUUUCAAACCACAGAACUCUAUAUUACCUACCCCUUCCUACUCUAAACAUCAUAAUCACCAAAAACCUCCCAUAUCAAAUCCUACAUUUAAGAAACCUUUUGAACCAAAUUCUAGUAAACCUAACAGAUUGCCUGGUAGAAGGCUAACUGCUGCAGAAAUGGAUGAAAAACGGGCCAAGUGGCUGUGUUUCUUUUGCGAUGAAAAAUAUGAACCGGGGCAUGUUUGCAAGGCAAGAAAACAGAUAUUCAUGGUAGAUGUGAACGAUGAAUAUGACGUUACUGGUGAAGAUGAAUUGGAGCAAGGUUUAGAGAUCAAUAUAGAAUCGGAUGAACUAAUGACAAUCUCUCUGCAGGCAUUUACUGGAGUAACAGGUUAUCAGACCAUAAGGGUCACUGGUUAUCAUAAAAAGAGACCUUUACAAGUGUUGAUUGAUACAGGAAGCACCCACAAUUUUAUUGAUGAAGAGGUGUCCAGGAAAUUAGGGUGCAAGCCUAGUCCCAUAGCUGAGCAAUCCAUAAGUGUAGCUGAUGGAAGACGAGUGCAAACUGCGUCUGUAUGCAGAAACUUGCAAUGGCUUCUACAGGGCACUACAUUCUCUUCAGACUUUUUACUCCUGCCCUUGGGUAAUGUUGAUAUAGUAUUGGGAGUACAACGGCUGAGUACUCUUGGCAGAAUCUUAUUGGAUUUCAAAAAUAGAGCAAUUAAAAUUGUCUAUCAAGGAAAGAAACAUGUGCUGAGAUGGGCUAGCAGCAAGCUGAAAUCAACUAAAACCAGCACUCUAAAUAAAAGCAUGUGGACGAUGCUCAUGGGGGAAAAAGAUGGUAGAUGGAGGCUUUGUGUUGAUUACAGAGAUCUAAAUCAGCUGACUGUUAAGGAUAAAUUCCCUAUACCUAUUAUUGAAGAUUUAUUAGAUGAAUUGAGGGGUGCUGUGGUUUUUUCUAAAAUUGAUCUUAGAGCUGGUUAUCACCAAUUAAGGAUGGCUGCUGAUGAUGUUCAUAAGACUGCUUUCAAAACGCAUAAAGGACACUAUGAAUUCUUAGUUAUGCCAUUUGGCUUAACUAACGCUCCAUCAUCCUUCCAAAGUCUUAUGAAUUCUGUCUUUAAACCCCUUUCAGGAAUUCAGUCUUGCUGCAUGCUAAGCCAUCCAAAUGUGCAUUUAGGAUUAGCAGGUUAUUACAGGAGAUUCAUCCGAGAUUUUGGUGCAAUUUGUAAACCUCUAAACUUACUGCUAAGAAAAGACAACUUCAAUUGGACAGAUGAAGCUACAAUAGCCUUUGAAAAAAUGAAUAAUGCCCUGGUGACUGCACCUGUUCUAGCCAUGCCCGAUUAUACAAAGCCUUUCAUUUUAAGACUGAUGCAAGUGGAAUAG